AUGUCCUUGGGCGAUUCUCCGAGGCUCUCUGGCAUGGCUCUCCCACGACCAAACUCACGCACAACGGUCUCGUCUUCGCCAGGCUCCCAAGAGCGGACGAGGUAUCGCUACCUACAUGAAGUUCCCUUCACGGUUCUCCACGAGCUCGCCCAACACCUGAAUGCCGAUAGGAAAUGGCCGCUGCUGGCCGGAUACAUGAAAUUCACGAACACCGAAAUCGGAAACUUCGAGAUCGCAAGUCUCCGGGAUGGAGGACCGGCUCAGAUGGUGCUGAGAACCUACGCGCAGCGAUUAGGCACGACGAGCAGAAUCUUCAAAUACCUCCACAAGAUGCAGUACUUCAUUGGGAUGAAUAUCAUCAAAAAUUACGUUGAUCCGAGCUUGUGGGGUCUGCUCGAAGGCGAUAACAGCUCCGAAGUGACAUCUGGCGUCUCGGAAAGAUACCGACCAAGCGCGCCUCCUGGUAUGUCGAGGGCUACAGGACGCGAAGCCGAAAUCAAUAAUAUGAAUGGACUCAUCCAGUUGCCGAACUCGAAUCGAAUAAGAGUCAUGUCCAUGGCCGAAAUACUACCGCGAUCCGGGAGUUUGCUCCACGACAACGCCCAGAGAUUCAACUUUCUAGAUAUCGAUCUCGGCUCGAUCGAGAAGAUUCCCCACGCUGACCUCGCGGAGGCCACUCAAGGAUUCAAUGAGCAGAAAAUCCUCGGAAGAGGCGGUUUCGGCAUCGUUUACCGAGGGUACUGGAAAUACACUGAUGUCGCUAUCAAAAAGUUGAAAGUCAGUGCAUCGCGGAGUCUCGAGCACGUUCGGCAGGUCUUCACUGAGCUUAAAGUUUUGGAGAAAUGUCGUUUCGACAAUAUCCUCAACCUGUACGGCGUUUCGAUUGACAAGCCUGACGAAGCUUGUCUCGUCUACCAAUUCAUGCCGGGCGGAAGUUUGGACGACCGUUUGAGGAGAAAGACCCCUCCAUUGAAUUGGUCUCAAAGGACGGUCGUAGCUAGGGGGACGGCACGCGGUCUGAAUUUUCUGCAUACACUCCCCGGAACCCCCCUGGUGCACGGUGACAUCAAACCAGCGAACAUCCUGCUCGACAUUAACCUCGAGCCGAAACUAGGUGACUUCGGAUUGACGAGAGAAGGACCCGCAAACGACCAAACUCACCGUUUCGUUUCAAGAGUGCACGGUACCCGGUGUUAUCUGCCGGAAGAGUACGUCAAAGACCGAAGACUGUCGCCAAAAGUUGACGUUUACAGUUUUGGAUUGGUUCUCCUCGAAAUGGCGACGUGUUUAAAAAUCUAUGACGAGCGUCGUCCGAUUAAGAAGCUCAACGAGUACAUCCGAAGUCUCCGAAAUGAUAACGAACGUCGGGAACAUAAAGAUCCCUACGGCGGUGAGGGAGGCCUGCCGACCUUUGACAUCUUCGUCGAGUUGGGUCUGAGGUGCUCCGCCUUGGAUAAGAAGGACAGACCUGACAUGGACGAAAUACUCGGGAUACUCAUGAACGAGCGCCUAUCCCAGAACUGUGAGGGCUUUAUUCCAGGAUAUCUCUGCUACGAUCCCCAAUGUGUUGUUAUCAAUGGCGCCUAUGCUAGUUGGAGCUGCGUUUGCUCAGAUUCCGUGAUUAUGACGAUUCGCCUUCCGCAGCACCCUUGACGAUGCCCGCCGGAUAUUCUCGGAAUCCCACCGCGACGUUGAAUCAGAAUCUCGGACCGAUGAACCUUCCGGUAGCGACAAGUCGCUCUCCGCGUCUUUCCCCGACGGAUAAUCUCCAAGUACCUUCUCCAGUACCGCCUUCAGCUACCACGAAUCUCAGCCCGGGCCCCGACGCCCCGAACACGAUGGGAACAGAACCGACGGCCCCUCCUUACAUGAGGAA